AUGGAGGGCCACUCUGAGCAGUCGCACUCGGCGCAGUCCCAGUCGCAGUCGCAGAAUGUCUCGCACUCCCAGACCUAUUCCUCCAAUACCACCCAACAAACACACAACACCGAACAGGCACAUGCCUCCAAUGAACAUGCAUCCGAGCCCCUCGAUGUCGACCAAACCCCCGCUGAAUUCAAGCCAAUCUCCAGCUCCAGCUCUUCCAUCAGCUCCUCAGCCCACAGCCAGGAUGGUCGCUGGGGAGAGGCGGAGAUUGGAAAGCCGGUCUCACGCAGCGGCGCCAAAGAAGAUCUGGAGGAUAUGCGCCGAGAACUGACCCGCCUCAGUCUGCACCGCACCCGUUCCACCACCAAAACGACCAAGAGCGGUCGCCGCAAGUCCCACCGCGACGAAGAGAAAGCUGAAGAGGCCGAGACCGAGGCUGACGAAGCGGACUUCGAUCUUGGCGAGUUCCUCAUCGGUGGUCAUCUCGAACGACGAACCACAGCAGGAGAGCCAGCCAAGAAAGUCGGUGUCGUGUUCAAGAAUCUCACCGUGCAGGGUAUUGAGACAGGCGCCUCGUUCGUGCGCACUCUCCCCCACGCCGUUGUCGGCACUUUUGGUCCCGAUCUGUAUAAAUUGGUCUGCCGUUUCGUGCCCCAGCUGCACUUCGGCAAGAAGCCUCCCGUGCGUGACCUGAUCCACGACUUUAACGGUACCGUCCGCGAAGGCGAGAUGAUGCUCGUGCUCGGUCGUCCCGGCGCCGGAUGCUCUACUUUCCUCAAGGCGAUUGCCAAUGAUCGUGGUGCCUUCGCUGGUGUCUCUGGCGAAGUCAGCUACGGUGGUCUUUCCGCCGAGGAUCAGAACAAGCACUUCCGUGGUGAAGUUAAUUAUAACCCGGAAGAUGAUCAGCACUUCCCAUCUUUGACUGUCUGGCAGACUCUCAAGUUCUCUCUGAUUAACAAGACCCGCAAGCAUGACCGCGAGAGCAUUCCCGUGAUCAUUGACGCCCUUCUGAAAAUGUUCGGCAUCAGCCACACCAAGAACACCUUCGUGGGUAACGAGUACGUUCGCGGUGUCUCCGGUGGUGAGAGGAAGCGUGUCAGUAUUGCCGAAACGCUGGCCACCAAGUCCUCCGUCGUGUGCUGGGACAACUCCACCCGCGGUCUGGACGCCAGCACGGCUCUCGACUAUGCGAAGUCCCUGCGUAUCAUGACAGAUGUCAGCAAGCGCACCACCUUCGUCACCCUCUACCAGGCCGGUGAGAGCAUCUACGAGCUCAUGGACAAGGUCAUGGUCAUCGAUGAGGGACGCAUGCUCUACCAGGGUCCCGCCAACGAAGCUCGCCAAUACUUCAUCAACCUGGGCUUCCACUGCCCGCCUCAAUCCACCACUGCUGACUUCUUGACUUCGCUGUGCGAUGUCAACGCCCGGGAGUUCCAGCCCGGCCGCGAAGCAUCCACCCCGAAGACCGCAAAGGCUCUCGAGCAGGUCUUCCGCGACAGCCAGGCCCACAAGGAUAUUUGGGAUGAUGUCUGCAGUUACGAAAAGCGCCUCCAGGACACCUCACAGGAAGACACCCGCCGGUUCCAGUCGAGCGUCGAGCAGUCAAAGUCCAAGACCGUGUCGAAGAAGUCCCCCUACACUGUUUCUCUCGUGCGCCAGGUGAUGGCCUGUGUGCAACGUGAAUUCUGGCUUCUCUGGGGUGACAAGACUUCUCUAUACACCAAGUACUUCAUUAUCAUCUCGAACGCUCUCAUUGUCUCUUCCCUCUUCUACGGUGAAUCUUUGGAUACCAGCGGCGCAUUCUCGCGCGGUGGUGCCCUGUUCUUCGCUAUUCUGUUCCUGGGCUGGCUCCAGCUGACGGAGCUGAUGCCUGCUGUCUCUGGCCGUGGCAUCGUUGCCCGCCACAAGGAUUACGCUUUCUAUCGACCAUCUGCUGUGUCUAUUGCUCGUGUCGUCGUGGACUUCCCUGCCAUCUUCUGCAUGGUGGUUCCGUUCACGGUGAUCGUGUAUUUCAUGACUGGACUUGAUGUGACUGUUUCGAAAUUCUUCAUCUUCUUCCUGUUUGUGUACACGAACACAAUUUGUAUCACUGCUUUGUAUCGCAUGUUCGCUGCGCUGUCACCGACUAUUGACGAUGCUGUUCGAUUCAGUGGUAUUGGACUCAAUCUGCUCAUCAUCUUCGUUGGCUACGUGAUUCCCAAGCAGAGUCUGAUUUCAGAUUCGAUUUGGUUCGGUUGGCUAUACUACCUCAAUCCUAUCUCUUACAGUUAUGAGGCUGUCUUGUCGAACGAGUUCUCGGAUCGCACUAUGGAAUGUGCGCCUUCUCAGCUUAUUCCCCAGGGUCCUGGUGUUGACCCCCGGUACCAGGGAUGUGCUUUGACUGGAUCUUCUUUGGAUAGCACCUCUGUUCCUGGAGCGCAGUAUUUGUCUACAAACUUCCAGCUCACCCGCAGCCACCUCUGGCGUAACUUUGGUGUCGUCAUUGCUUGGACUGUGCUCUACAUUCUGGUGACUGUCAUUGCGUCCGAGGUCCUCUCCUUUGUUGGCGGCGGCGGCGGCGCUCUGGUCUUCAAGAAGUCCAAGCGCGCCAAGAAGGUUGCUGGCCAGUCCAACGGUACCGAUGAAGAGAAGGUAGCCAGCACUGAUGAUGAUGCCGCGCUUGCUCGGGGCAAGGCUUCCUCCUCUGCCGACGAUGCAACCUUCAACCGUCUAUCUUCCAGUGAACGCUGCUUUACCUGGGAGAAUGUUGAAUACACCGUUCCCUACGGCAACGGAACUCGCAAGCUCCUGAACAAUGUCAACGGAUACGCCAAGCCCGGUGUCAUGAUUGCUCUCAUGGGUGCCUCCGGUGCCGGAAAGACCACGCUUCUCAACACCCUUGCACAGCGCCAGAAGAUGGGCGUUGUGGGCGGUGACAUGCUCGUCGAUGGUCACCCGCUAGGAGCUGACUUCCAGCGUGGUACUGGUUUCUGCGAGCAGAUGGAUUUGCACGACAACACCGCCACAAUCCGCGAAGCUUUCGAGUUCUCUGCAAUUCUCCGUCAACCUCGUGAUGUUUCCCACCAAGAGAAGAUCGAGUACGUGGAUAGAAUCAUUAACCUGCUUGAGCUCGAGGAAAUCCAGGAUGCAAUCAUCGGCUCUCUCAACGUCGAGCAGAAGAAGCGUGUCACUAUCGGUGUCGAGCUCGCUGCCAAGCCCAGCUUGCUCCUUUUCCUUGACGAGCCUACUUCUGGUCUUGACUCCCAGGCCGCCUUCUCGAUUGUUCGUUUCCUCAAGAAGCUCUCCCAAGCCGGCCAGGCUAUUGUCUGCACUAUUCACCAGCCCUCUUCUAUGCUCAUUCAGCAAUUCGAUAUGAUCCUCGCUCUGAACCCCGGUGGUAACACCUUCUACUUUGGCCCUGUCGGCAAGGACGGUUCAGCCGUGAUCAAGUACUUCGGUGACCGUGGCUUCCACUGCCCACCCUCCAAGAACGUCGCUGAAUUCAUUCUCGAAACCGCCGCGAAGGGAACUCAGCGCAACGGCAAACAAGUUGACUGGAACGAAGAAUGGCGCAACUCCGACCAGAACCGCGGGAUGCUCUCUGAGAUCGAGCGCAUCCGAACUGAGCGGUCCAAGGUCCCUGUCGAAGCAUCCGGUUCUUCUCACUACGAGUUCGCCGCCCCGACCACCACACAGACUUUGCAACUCACAAAACGACUCUUCAAGAACUACUGGCGUGAUCCAUCCUACUACUACGGCAAGAUUUUCGUCAGCGUUCUCAUCGGUAUCUUCAAUGGCUUCACCUUCUACAUGCUUCCCAACACCGUGGCUUCGAUGCAGAACCGAAUGUUCUCCGUCUUCCUGAUCAUUCUGAUCCCGCCUAUCGUCCUGAACUCCAUCGUGCCGAAAUUCUACAUCAACCGCGCUCUUUGGGAAGCCAGAGAAUACCCAUCACGCAUCUACGGAUGGGUUGCCUUCUGCACAGCGAACGUCGUCUGCGAGAUCCCCGCCGCCAUCGUCACAGGUCUGAUCUACUGGCUCCUCUGGUACUACCCCGUCGGAUUCCCAACCGACAGCUCAUCCGCCGGCUACGUGUUCCUGAUGAGCAUGCUCUUCUUCCUGUUCCAGGCAUCAUGGGGCCAGUGGAUCUGUGCCUUUGCGCCCUCUUUCACAGUCAUCUCGAACGUCCUUCCUUUCUUCUUCGUCAUGGUCAACCUGUUCAACGGUAUCGUGCGCCCCUACGCCGACUAUCCCGUCUUCUGGAAAUACUGGAUGUACUACGUCAACCCCACGACCUGGUGGAUGCGCGGUGUUCUGUCCGCUGUCCUCCCGGAUGUCCCCAUCGAAUGCGCCACCCAAGAAGCUACGCACUUCAACCCCCCGCCUGGCCAGACUUGCGCUCAGUAUGCGGGAGAGUUUGUUUCUCAGAUUGCCAAGGUCGGCAAGCUGAUUGAUCCCAACGCUACCUCCGACUGCCAGUAUUGUCCCUACGUUUCGGGCGAGGAAUACAUGCAGAACCUGAAUGUUCACCGCGGUGACAAGUGGCGCUCCUUCGGAAUCUUCCUGGCCUUUGUGAUCAUUAACUGGCUCUUGGUCUAUUUCUUCAUCUACACUGUCCGUGUCAGAGGUUGGAGCUUUGGUCUUGGAACUCUAUUCGGUGUUGCUGGAUUGAUGGUUGAUCGUGUCAAGGGACUGUUCAAGAAGCAUGAACAGUAG